AGUUGGUGGCAGCAACGCACCGUUUUGUCGUUGACUAUCAGGAGAGAAGAGGCUAGGUUUGACGUUAUCCAGUAGCUGAGAAUAUGUAUGUGUUUUGUUUGGUUGUUUUUUUAAACUAAAAUGUGAUUUUUCUUAAACACAAUGCUGGCUUGGUAGUCAUCCGGAUAUGGCAGAACUGCCUGAACAAGGACAUCGACUAAUGCCUAGCCUCGCUGACUUGCCUUGUACCAGAUGAGCUGGUACAAGAUGCUGCUGAAGAUGCCCCAGAAGCUGCUGCGGACUGCCCACUACAUAGAGCUGGGCAGCUACCAGCACUGGCCGGUGCUGAUACCCCAGAGGAUACGACUGUACACCUACGAACAAAUCCCCCUCUUUCUCAAAGAAAACCCCUACAUCACAGACGGCUACAGGGCCCACCUGCCCUCCAAACUUUGCCUGAGGAGUAUUUUCAUUCUUUCCAAUGAGACUGUGAACAUUUGGAGCCACCUUCUGGGUUUCCUGCUCUUCUUCUCUCUGGGGGUCAAUGACCUCUCCUCAGUACUGCCAGCCUCUGGAGCCAACAGAGAGGACUACGUCAUCUACACUAUAGGACUGUUCUGCUUUCAGGUGUGCAUGUUGUGUUCUGUGGGGUAUCACCUAUUCGCGUGCCACCGGUCGGAGAAGACUUGCCGUCGCUGGCUGUCGUUGGACUACGCGGGCAUCUCUGUUGGCAUCCUGGGCUGUUAUGUCCCUGGGAUCUUCUACGCUUUCUACUGUAACGCUUUUUGGCGACAGGUCUACCUGCUGACCGUGCUGUCCCUGAUCCUGGCCGUCUUCUGUGCUCAGGUCCACCCUCGUUACCUCAGCAACGACUGGCAACGGAUUCGGACGGCGAUCUUCUGCUGUGUGGCUGGCAUCAGUGUGAUUCCUGCCUGUCACUGGGUCUGGCUCAAUGGAGGUUUCACCACUGCUGUUGUACAGCUGUUCCUGCCUCGCGUGCUAGUGAUGUACCUGAUAGCUGGAUCUGCCUUCCUGUUCUAUGUCACCAAGAUCCCUGAACGAUAUUUCCCUGGCCAGCUGAACUACCUGGGCGCCAGCCACCAGGUGUGGCACGUACUGGUGGUGGUGAUGUUUUACUGGUGGCACCAGACGGCUCUAAACAUCAUGCACUUCAGGCACAGCCAGUCCUGCCCGGCCCAGACCAGCAGCAGCUAAGUUGAACUGAUCAAAUGUUAUGGAAAGGCAAUCAGCUGCAGGCUCAUAGCUAUCAUUGUUAGUAGACACCAGUUAAACUCAAUAAUCUAUCAUUGUUAAUAGACAUCAGUUAAACUCAAUAUGUUAAUAUUCAAAGAUUUCUGAGCAGUGAGCUGCUGGUUAGAAGUCGCUGCCUAAAGGUUUUUCAACCACUAACUACCAGAAGCUCCUGGCUAUUAGCAGCUAAGGUGUAAGCCGGUGAGUCUGACGGUAGCUAGUAGCUUUCACUGAGCCCAAGCACUUGGUUACUGUUUGGCUGCAGUCAAAGGCCACUCUAUAAGUCUACUGUCUCCAACAGCAGAUACGUGGCUUGACUCUACUGUAAAUGUUAAAUUCUCUUAACCAACAUAUCAAUGCAUGAAGCAGGAAUUUAAAUUGGUUUGUAGAAACAGACUAAGGUUUGGUGUUUUUAAAUUGGCGAACAUGUUAUCUCAUGGUCGGUUUAGAUUGUGAUUGUGUUUUUGUACAAAAGUAUUGAAAAUAUAUCCAUAAGGAUUCUUUCUUUUGAAUCAAACAAAAAUGAUAGCCUGUGUGAACAAAGACUUCUUUGUUUGAUCUAUCUUUUACUACCAGAUUAGAUUGUGUGAAAUGUCUCGAUGAAAGGUGGAAAGCACCGAACAAAAACACGACAACUGGAAAUUGUACAUGUGGACACUGUGAACUGCCUGUCUCUGGGAGAGAAAAAACCGCCUCAAGCAUUUGAAGCUUUUGAACAAAUAGUUAAAAAGGUCAAUCAACCGAUCAAUCUGCAAUAUCUAAGAAAGCAAUGUGGAAACCAUAUCAAGGCUACGGCGCAUUGUUUUCUUAGAACUGCUUGAUUUGUGUUUUUGGUGUACGUACUGUUUUCACAAAGCCAGUAUGUUAGGGCUGCACUAAGCAAGGUGUCCUAUCAGCCUAAAUCCCAGAGCAACAGAGGUAAUCAAAAUGUUGAACAAUUACCCCCUUUGCUAUAACUGCCGUUAAUAGAGUAAUGGAUUUAAUCUUUUCACUAAACAGGAUGUGCCAUCACAAGGCAAGUGAUGAAAACAGGCCUGAUUCAACGACUAUGGCUAAAUCCAUUGGUUAUCUCCAGCCCACAUCAGCGGGCUACUUACUUAAAUUUGAUGAAACAUACAAAUAGUCGGACUGAGAUUUCCAAUGAGGCGAACAAUGCUGUGUUUAUACAGGGCGAGUUCAUCCAAAUCACAGCGACAGCAUUUUGCUGUGCACAUUUGAUGUGCUCUGAGAUUUAUGCCACCACACAGAUGCAAUGGAGGUGAAUGGAAUUUCGUUUUUUGGAGCUCACAGCAUUGGAAAAUGACGUUUUGUCAUUUUUUUUAAAAGGAUACUUUACCGAGUUCCAACAAGCUUUGUAUCAUACCAUCGUGGGUAGUAUGUAGUAAAUAAACUAUGGUAACCUUCCAUCAAUCUUUCUAACGCUCAGAUCUUCAUGCUCAUCUCCCAGCUCAAAACCGCCGGAUUACGCGCGUCGUGUCAUCCUGCGACAUUUCGCUGGCUCGAGAGCUGUUGCUCGAACUACAGAUUUUACUUCCGCAUACUGACACAAAAAGAGUAUAGAAGCAGAUCGAGAGAGAGACGCCCCUCUCACAAUUUACAACACAACACAAUUUAGCUUACUGUUUUUUUUAAAAACUUAAAUACGAGAUUUGUUACCAGUUUGUGAUCAGCCGUCCGCCAUAUUGCUUUCUGUGACGUGCUCGCGUUCACAGCGGGAGCAUUUGUUGGUCCGGUGCGGCGCGGCGCAGUCUGGUAGUCGGAGGUAUUCUACCUUUUGAGCAAAAGGGAAUACCACAGCCCCUUCCCUCUGUUCUCUCUGGUCAUGUAGCACCAUUUUUAAAAACGUUUUUUUGCGCCAUUCUACUGCAUAGCAACCCAGUUUUAUGAAAAGAUCCUCUUCCCAGUGGUGAAAUACUUCUUUAAGCUGUCACUGAUUGGUCGACGCCUGUGGCUUAUAAGCCAGGUGGCUAUCCAUUAUCAGCCAUGAGAUGUCACCCCUGCAACUGUGUUUUUUGCAUGUGUGAAAGAUGUUUGUUAUUGUCUCUUUGAUGCUGUUGUUUAAAUGAGGCCAGUGUAAAGUGUUACAGCAACCUGAAAACCUGUUUUUCCCCACAGUACACUUUGGGACAUAUUUUAAUGUUUAGUGUUUAUUUUUACAUAAUUCCAGUGAUGUUUGUACUUCAUUUGCCUUAUUAUCUUUGAGUAUAUGUACUGUAUGAUACGCACUUACUGUUACAAUCGGUUUUGGGUCAAGAAGAGAACAUAAACCAGAACAAAAAAAUUAUUCAAAACUCAGACCGAUAUCAUCUUUGCUGUUACACCACAAGGCCAGUAUGGUUUGUUUUUAUGUAGUACAAUUUAAUGUUUAGAACAAGUUAUGAAUUUCAGUUGCGAUCACUUUCUUCUGCCGAGCUGGAAGACGCACUGUACAGGUGCUGAAAGAAGCGACUUCAUUUUGCCUUUAAGGGUGUGUGUUUAUUUGACAUGAACAUCUAAUUAUCAUAAACUGGCUUAAUAUUUUUUUUUUAAGAUGUCAUGAUUGUUUUAUUUAUUGUUUUGUGUUUUCCUUGAAUAUCAUUUGUAUGAUAAAGCACUGUCGCUGACUUAUGAGAUGUAUAAUAUUUAUUUCAGUGCCUGUGUGAAAUUAUAUUUUUAAACAGUUUGAAUGAAUAAAGAAUGCUGGGAAAUAAA